AUGAAUUUUCUGAAUGAAGAGACAGUACCGUCGCCUACACGAAUCGAUCCUCAUGAUACUAGUACAACUCCGUCUAAAGACGAAGUAUUUCCUUCAAUACCUAGGAGUGGCAGAGAUACACUUAAAAACGGCUUUUCAUUCACUCCCAAUAAUCCGAAAAAGAAUAUGCCAGCUAGGCCUACAAAAUUAAACAUCCCAAUAUCUGCCACUAGCACCGAUUCAUCGCAACCACCUUCUGCUUUAAGUCUUGAUACACCGACAUCUUCCAAAGAAAUAGACGUGACACCUAUUACGGAGUUUGCGUUGAAUGAAUACUCAUUUGAUCAUACCAUAACUACUAGGGCAGGUGAUGAAACUCUGGAACUGUCAAUAAAUAUCCAUCAAAGUAUGGCCAACUUGAUGGAAGAACGUUCUUCAUUGGCGUCAAACAAGUCUGUUGACGAAACAUCUACUUCAAUGUCCCUGGAUACAAGUGAUAAUGUCUCAUUAGGAAAUUCUUCAUAUUUGAAUAAUAUCAAUUAUAUGAGAAGCCAUUUGGAAUAUCUAAGUCAAAAUCUCAAUAGUAACAUCUCCCCCAAAAACCUACUGCCAACAGGUGAUUUAAGCUUAGAUUCUGCCAAUCUUAUGCCCGACUCAAUACCCGGAUUUUCCUUGUUGAAAAGAUUUGGAACCACUACUGUCCAAACAAAUCUAAUGUAUAAUGGUGUUAAGAAAUCAGCCGACCCAUCAAUUAAUUCCUGUAAAAUAGUGUGUCCUAAACGUGGAGCAAUAGAUAUCAACACCCAUGUUUUGAUUAGACUAUCACCUAACAUCAACAAGAAUAUGUCACUUUCUCGAUUCUUGAACGAAUGGUAUCUUCUUUCUGGUCAGAAUAUAGUUCAUAAACACCGAAUAUGGUCCAAUGAAACAUUGACUAACAAAUAUACUCCUGAAAUAGAUGUACCGGUACUUGACAAAGAUGCUGCUAAAAUUCGUUCGACGUUACCGAUAGAUCUUCCAGGUGUCUUAUAUCCCAAUGAAGUAUUGAGUUUCACUGUAAUCGAUGAUGAUCAUCAAUUGAAACAUCCUUCUGAAUGCCAAACUCAAAAAAGAUUUGCCAUUGUUUACAAAGAUAACGAAUAUAGAACAUUCAAAGAAAUUAGUUCUGAUGCACCACCCGAUCAACUGAGCCACAGACAAGGAUCGUUCUCAUCAAAUGGAUCACGAAGAAAAUCAAUUGGAAGCAGCAGCUCUAUUUUGACUCCAACUACUGAUGGUGCUGAUUUCAUGACUACAGGUAACUCAGGCACCAAUGAUCUGCUUUUCAGAAGACUUUCCAAGUUUGUUUGCAGUAACCCUAAAACAUCCUUAAAAGUGAUUGAAAUUUUAUCCGAUUUUAUCAAAGUAGUGGAAACAUUGGCUGUUGUGCAUGAGUUGGGAUUUGUUCAUAACGGGUUAACAAGUUCACAAUUGGUAAAAUCAGCUAUUGAUAGUAAUGAUAUUAAAAUCAGUGGCUGGGGGUUUGCAUUUAGUUAUCUGGAAAACUGCACUUAUGGUUAUAGACAAAGACAUCUUUGCCAAAUCCCUGAUUUGAUUCCGUACAUGGCUCCUGAAGUUUCUGGUGUUGUGAAUAAAAUUGUUGAUUAUCGGUCUGAUUUCUACUCACUAGGUGUGAUUUUGUAUGAAAUUCUUCUCGGAACAUUACCAUUCAAGAGUACUAAUCCCCAGACGAUAAUAAGAAUGCAUAUUUUCCAGAAACCUAUCUCUCCAUAUCUGCUUGCAUCAAGUUGGAUUUCUGAAAAAUUAAGUUCCAUUAUAAUGAAGUUAUUAGAGAAAGAUCCUUCCGAUAGAUAUACUGAUAGUUAUGCUUUAUUGAAAGAUUUGAUAUCUGUAAAAAAUCUGUACAUUGAAAAAGUAAAAUCCUUAGGUGAAUCUGUGUGGAACCACUGGUCCAAAUCCAGCGAAUAUCUGAAGUAUCUUGUUAAAGAAACUUUGUCACAUCCAGAGAAAGUUGGCCAUUCACCAGUAAUCCACACUGGUAUGAGAUUCAUUGGACGAGAGUGUUUUUAUAACCAGGUAAUGGAUUCUUUUCGUUCAUGUCGCCUGGAUGUUAACUUGUUUUUCCUUUCUGGUGACACUGGUACUGGUAAAACAUUGAUUUUAAAUGAUCUCAGAGCACACGCUUUCUUGAAGUAUGAUUUUUAUUGCUCGUUCAAAUUUAGUAUCUCCGCUACUGAUAAUUAUAUGUAUAAAUUUCUUGUUGAUGGAGUACUGAAAAUCAUUAGUCAAAUAUUAGAAUGUUCACAAGAAAUUCAGGAUUCAUGGAGAGAAUUAAUAGUCAAGAAUAUUCCUUUGGACAUGAGUAUUUUGUUUUACCUCAUUCCUGAUUUCAAGAAAUUACUUGGUGCUAAAUAUACUUCAAUUUAUCAACACAAAACUUCAGUUUCAACUCCCGGAACUUUCUUCAAAGAUGAUCAAACGGCAAGAUUGGAAGUUAAGUUCAAACAGAUUUUGAAAGAAUUUUAUAAAAUUGUUGCCAUGCAAGGAUUGACAAUAUUUAUCGAUGACUUGCAAUGGUGUACUGAAGAGGCAUGGGUAACACUAUGUGACAUUUUAGAUUUUGGAGAUCAGACAGAUUCACCAGUUACGGUGAAAAUAGUUACCGCAUAUACAUUGAAUCAUGAUCAACUACUUGAUUUUAAUGUAAAUGACAGAAUGGAAUCAUUUUUCAGGUAUGCACAACAGACCAAGAUGAAAUUACAUCACUUUAUCGUUCCAUGUAUUCUGAAGGAAACUGGUAUUAACUACAUCAUGGAAUCAGCUGGUUUCAUUGAUGAGCGAGCAAGCAGUAAAUCUAAGAUGAAUUCAUUACAUGGAUCUCCAACAAGUACCGGAACGUUGGUACCAAGUCAAGAGAAUCCAGUAUUGCUGUAUGUCGAAGAAAGUUUUGCCAAGUUAUAUGAUGUUUCAUGUGGAAAUGCAAUCCUUAUGAUUUAUAUUUCUAGAAUGGCAAGAAUAUUGGGUAAAAUGCGUUAUGUUCACGAUGGAAGUUGUGGAUAUUUUUUACCCGAUAUAAGUGAUAUUGGCGUUACCGGAAUAUGCAGAGAUGAACUCGCGAGAAGAUUCAUGACAGCAUGUACUACUCCUGAAUCCAAAGCGUUGAUUGAUAUUGCGGCAGUUAUUUCUACUGGUGCAGGAUUUCACCUUUCUGAUUUAACAGUUGCAUCUGGAUUACCUAUGGGCGAAGUUUUUAAAUUAUUACAAGCGUGUGUUGCUUCCAAGAUUAUUAUUCCAACUAGUACAUAUUAUAAGGUUCCUUUCCACUUGAUUUGUUCUGACGACACUCCAUUUGACUUGACCGAUGACAAUAUUUGGGAAUUGGCUACAUUAUGUAGUUACAGAUUUUACCACGAUUCUCUUUGUUCACAUACAAUCAGAGAGUUGACCAUUAGUGGUAAGUUUAAAGAAUUAUCCAGGUUGUGCGGGUUGAGAUUUUACAAUACCAUUACCAAAGAACGUGUUUUAAAUAUUGGUGGAUAUCUUCAAAUGGCAGUUCACUUUAGAAAUUCGUAUGAAGUUGCCAAGCCAGAAGAGAAUGAGAAAUAUGUUGAAGUUUUGGUUCAAGCAGGGAGAUAUGCCUUAUCUACAUAUAAUAUGAAAUUAUCUCAGUGGUUUUUUGAAGUAAUUGGGGAUUUAGUUUACAACCUUGAUUCUAAAACUCAGUUAAAGUCAAUAUUGACAAUUGCUCAGAACCAUUUCAAUUUAAGUGAAUUUCAAGAAUGUUUGGAAGUUAUGGAAAAUGCACAAAAAAAGUUUGGAUUUGAUAGAUUGGUAUUUUCCCUUCAGUUGGUUAAAUGUAAAAUUGAACUUGGGCAGCUUGAAGAAGCUUACCAAAUUGCCAUUGAAUCUUUGCAGACACUCGGGGUUCCUAUUUCAUUUGACGAGAAAAAGAACAAGCAUCUAUAUGAGAAGUUGAUGAGGAAACUUCCACUUUCAGUUCCAGAAAUCCGACACAUAUUGGAUGGAAAAACAUGUACCAAUGGUAGAACUUUAUUGAUGUAUCAAAUUGCCAGUGAGAUUAUCCCUCCAUUAAGAAUGGAUAGAAGAAAUGAUCUUAGAAAUGCUCUUGUUGCUUAUGCCACGAGUCAAAUCUAUUCACACGGUUCAUCUCCAUAUUGUGCUUUGUUUAUGUUAGAUUUUGCAACCAGUUUUGUUGAAACAAGCACCAGUUCAGGAAUGAUCAAGGCAAAAGAAUUGUGCCUGGUUGCUAUUGCGUUGGUGAAUCGAGCACCAGAAAUAUCAUUGUCGUAUGCUCAAUCCAUAUAUAAUAUUUACAUCAGUACAUGUGCAAUUUUCUUUGAUUCCAUUGAACAGAUUUUGAAUUACGUUGAGAUGGGUAUGGAUACUGUUAGAAAUGAUGCUAUUUCAAGUUCGUCUGUUACUGAAUUGCUAGUUGGCAUUUCCAAAGUUAUGUUGCUAUACACCAGUGGAAAGGGUUAUAGAUCAUCUAUAUUAUUGAAAUCAAGAUCAAAUUUGAGAUCCAAAUCCAAGACACCAUAUGGUAGUAAUUUCAUGUAUGAUUGUGAAUCGGUAUUGUUUGGAAAAGUGAGGUUGAAGGAGUUUUUAUCAAAUUAUGAUUUCUCGUAUGAAUGUCCAGUGGCACAGUUUUGUUAUUAUGUGGUUGUUUUGCAGGCCAUGGCUGUUAAAAAAAGAUACGACGAAGCAGCUGAAUUGAUUCUAACUAAAGUUGAGGCUAUUCUGGAACAAUGUCCUGUUCUACUUUUGCAUCAAAGGUACUAUGUUUUAACUUCCAAAGUACUUACCUAUUGUCUGCCAGAGAUAAUCAAAGACAAAGAAUUGAGAAACACCAUAUUAUCUCGUCAUUUGGACAAGUUCAAAUUGUGGUCUCAAACCAAUGAAUCGACAUUCGCAUCGAAAUUGCUAAUUAUGGAAGCAAUGGAGGAAAUCCGAAAACCAAAUGGGGAUAAUUUACGAAUUCUUGAUAUAUUUGAAGAAUCGAUUGACAUUGCACGAGAACAUGGUCUUUUAUGUGAUGUUUUAUGGUCAAGUUUUGACUGUGCUAGAUGGUUGGUUUAUUCUAAACAAAGUAAACGCAGAAUUGCUAAAAUGGCAAAACAAGGGUUAGAUAUUUUAAGACGUUUAGAAAUGGUUGAUUUUCUUAAAUUUUAUGAACUUGAAUUUGCUGAAUAUAUCGAAGAAGAUAAAGAAAGAAGUCUUACUUGGCCAGGAUUGUCGAUGAAUAACGGUUCCGAUUCUAUGCCUGUGUCUUUGAGACCUCUGUUGACAAUAAAUACCAGCCUGUUAAAUUCAAUUUCAUCAAAUAGGUCCUCCAAUGGACUGAACAAGAGGAACCAUCGAGGACAUUCCGGUACAUCAGCAGCGUCUAAAAUGAGAAUUACCGAAGAAGAACCGCAAGUUGAUUUGAAUAUGGCAAUUCGUGAAUGUUUAGCUAUAUCAGAAGCACCUGACGAAAAGAGUAUUCUUUUGGAAUUAUUAUCGGCUGUGAUUAAGUUUUCAGAGGCUGAAUUUGGUGUUGUGGUUACAUUAAACAAUGACGAACCAAUGCUUGAAACAGUUGGAUCUGAUCAGCAUGUUUAUUCAUUAGAUAAAGUUCCAUUGAGUAGCAGAACAGACAUUUGUCCGUACCAGUUACUUAUCCAUGUAUUAAAUACCGGAGAAACCAUUAACAAAGAUGCUGAUCGAAUUGAUUUUGUCAACCGAUUUGAACUUGAAUAUUUUGAAGCAAAUGACGAUUGUACAUGUAUUUGUAUGCCACUUAAGAAUCAAUGGGAAACUUAUGGUGUGAUUUAUUUGGAAGGUGGUAGUAAAACCAAUAGGAACGAGACAUUAUUUGAUGAAAGAAAAUGUGACAUUUUGCAACUUUUCUGUUACCAAGCAACUGUGGCUUUGGGCAAGAACAAAUUGUUAUCACAAAUGGAAAUAGCCAAACUGGCGGCGGAAGAUGCUACAGCUGAAAAGGCAAGUUUCUUGGCCAACAUGUCACAUGAAAUUAGAACUCCAUUUAAUUCAUUGUUGUCCUUUUCCAUUUUCUUAUUGGAUACCACAUUGACCCACACCCAAAGGGAUUAUGUGGAGGCAAUCAAAUCUUCGGCAAUGAUUACUUUGAAUAUAAUUGAUGGUAUUUUGGCAUUUUCCAAGAUCGAACACGGUUCUUUCACUUUAGAUAAUGCACCAUUCUCAUUGAAUGACUGUAUUGAAAGUGCAAUUCAACUUGGUGGAGAAGUUGUCACCACAAGUGAAAUUGAGUUGGUGUUCUUUAACAAUUGUCCAGAAAUUGAAUCUGUGGUUGGGGAUGUUACUCGAUUUAGGCAGAUUGUGAUUAAUUUGGUAGGGAAUGCUAUUAAAUUUACAUCUACUGGUUACGUUUCUGUUUCUUGCAGUGCCACUAAAAUUGGAGAUAACAGAUAUGAACUUAAAGUGUCAGUUAAAGACACCGGUAUUGGUAUUCCUGAUCAAUCGCAGACUAAAGUUUUUGGAGCAUUUUCACAGGUUGAUGGAUCAUCUAGACGUGAGUUUGGAGGUGCAGGUUUAGGUUUGGCAAUUUCUAAAAAACUUGCAGAAAUCAUGGGUGGUAAAUUAAGAUUUGAAAGUGAUUAUGGGAAGGGUACGACAUUUUAUUUGACUGUUGGAUUAAGAGGUACUGUUGCUUCCUCUGUACCAAAGUUGAAAGGGGUGGAUAACCAAAAGUGUUUGAUUUACACUUCACAUGAGUUAACAUCCUUGUCAUUAAAGAAUAUACUUGAAUAUUAUCAACUUAAUGCUACCGUGGUUAGUGAUUUGAAAGAAGUGGAGAAUAUCAAUGAUUACGGAUUGCUUUUCAUUGGCCGUACUGUUAUUGAGAAGUUUACUGCUGAUACAAAGCAGUCACCACCAAAAGGUCGUAUUAUAGUGUUGACUCGAUUUGGUAUAGCAUUGCCUGCUGAGUUUGAGAAAUAUGAUACUUUAUUAUGCCCUAUCCAAAGAGAGAGACUUAUAAGAAUCAUUGAGAAGGAUUCAAACACGAAUGACAAAUCAAAACCAGAUUCUUCAUCAUCAGCCACCACCACCACCAAAGAAAUAAGUACUGGAAAAUUAGCUGAUGAAUAUCCAUUGAGAAUAUUGUUGGCGGAAGACAACUUGUUGAAUUAUAAAGUAUGUUCCAAGCAUUUAGAGAAGUUGGGCUAUAAAGCUGAUCAUGCUAAGGACGGUGUUGUCGUAUUGGAGAAAUGUAAUGAAUUGCUUGAAAAGGGAGAGAAAUAUGAUGUUAUAUUAAUGGAUAUUCAAAUGCCACGUAAAGAUGGACUUGCUGCUACCAAAGAGUUGAAAGAAUCAUUUUAUGCUAAAGAAAAAGGAGAUUUUAUUCCAUUGAUUGUUGCAUUGACAGCAAAUGUAGCUGGUGAUGAUAAAGAUAGAUGUUUGGAAGCUGGUAUGGUUGAUUUUAUCUCCAAACCUAUUUUACCUGGAGAGUUGAAGAAAGUGUUGACAAAAUUAGGUGAAAUUGUACAUAAGUGA